GACUCCGGCGUCUCCCUCGCGGGGGUGGCCCUGGGAGCGCGGCCGCGCAGUUCCCGCUAUCGCCCGCCCCGUCCGCUCGCCCGCCCGCUCGCCCCGAUGGCCAGCGCGGGGUUGCAGCUAGUGGGCUACUUCCUCGCGCUGGCCGGCUGGAUCGGGACCAUCUGCGCCUCGGCGCUGCCCCAGUGGAAGCAGAGCUCCUACGCCGGCGACGCCAUCAUCACCGCCGUCGGGCUGUACGAGGGGCUCUGGAUGAGCUGCGCCUCGCAAAGCACCGGGCAGGUCCAGUGCAAACUCCACGAGUCGCUCCUCUCGCUCGACGUUCACAUCCAGACAUCCAGGGCUCUCAUGGUGGUCUCCAUCCUCUUGGGUUUUGUCGGCGUGGUCGUCAGCGUGAUCGGGAUGAAAUGCACCAAAGUUGGGGACGAGAAUCCUGUGGCCAAAAGCUGGAUUGCUGUCUUGGGCGGCGUCUUCUUCCUCUUGGCUGGUUUAUGCACAAUGACGGCGGUUUCGUGGUACGCUGCACGAGUGACAUAUGAGUUCUUCAAUCCUAGCACUCCAGUGAAUGCAAGAUAUGAAUUUGGACCGGCCCUCUUUGUAGGCUGGUCGGCAGCUAGUCUGAUCCUGCUGGGAGGCGCCUUCCUCUCUUGCUCCUGCCCAAAGCCAGAAGAAAGGGGACAGCAGUACUACCGGCAGUCACAGCCUUCGACUGCCAGAGAACCAACUGUAAAAAGGGGAGAGCAGAGCGUAUAAAGUCUUCAAGGACACAAGGCUGAGCUUUUCCCAGUCAAGAGACAAAAUGACUCUUAAGCCCAGCCAGGAUGUAAAAACGGUUCCCUGAGAUUUCCUCCCUCUGGUGGGAAACCGACCGACCCAAAACAAGCAAACCAAGCACCCCAAUGUCUGAAAAAUUAUCACUGAGAAUGAGCGGUGAUCUCUACCCCUCUGUGGUAUAAAUGCUGCCUUAACUUUUUUUGCGUGGUGCUGUCUUUUUACUGCUUCGAAUUCCAAAAACAAAGCCACCAAGUGGCAACUCCUUUGUGUCUACUUGUUUGUACUAAAAAUCAGUCUCAUUAAAAUAUUUUUAUC